AUGGCUGGCGCCGAAAAACGCAGAGUAUCGACAGAAUCGCAGUCGCAGGACGUCGUUGGGCCAGCAGUAGCAAUGCAGCUCGAGACGAUUGACGCGCGCGACGAGCGCAAGCUCCUCCUCAAGCUGGACGCCUUCUUCGUGCCCAUCAUCAUGGUGGUGUACCUGACGUGCUUCCUGGACCGCACCAACAUCGGCAACGUCAAGGUGGCGGGCAUGCCCGAGGACAUUGGCGCGUCGCCGCAGCAGUUCUCGACGGCCGUGUCCAUCUUCUACGCGACCUACGUGGCGUUUGAGCCGCCCUGGACCAUCAUGAUGAAGUGGAUGACGCCGCGGAUCCUGCUGACGUCGCUGUGCGUCGUGUGGUCGCUGGCCACCAUCUUCUCGGGCUUCAUCACCAACGUCGGGGGCCUGUACGCCGUGCGCCUGAUCCUGGGCGCCUGCGAGGCCGGCCUGUUCCCCGCGCUCAACCUCUACCUCACCAUGGUGUACAAGCGCGACGAGCAGGCCACCCGCGUGUCGUACCUGUUUGUGUGCACCGCCGUGGCCGGCGCCUUUGGCGGCCUGCUCGCCUACAGCAUCCUCAAGAUGGACGGCGUGGCGGGCUACGCCGGCUGGCGCUGGGUGUACAUCAUCGAGGGCAUCUUCUCCUUCCUCGUCGCGCCCGUCAUCUGGUUCGGCCUGCCCAACGACCCGUCCACCGCCUACUUCCUCACCGCCGACGAGCGCCGCAUGAUGCAGGUGCGCGCCGUCCAGAGGGCCCAGUACAUGGGCAGCGACGAGUUCAGCUGGGACGAGAUCCGCAUCGGCCUCAAGGACCCCAAGCUGUACCUCAGCGCCGCCAUCCAGUUCUGCCAGGACAUCCUGCUGUACGGCUUCAGCACUUUUCUGCCCUCCAUCAUCGUCAGCAUGGGCUACUCCGUCAUCCAGGCCCAGUACCUCAGCAUACCCGUCUACAUCUUUGGCGGUCUGUGUUUCCUCGCCGUCGCCUUUGUCUCGGACCGCUUCUGCGUGCGUGGCCCGUUCUUGCUCCUCGCCAAUGUCCCCGGCAUCGUCGGCUACGUCCUCAUUCUGUGCCCUACCAGCAACCCCGUCAAGUUCUUCGGCACCUUCCUCUGCGCCGUGGCCGUCUACAACGGGCCCGGCCUGAAUCUGACCUGGCUCAACGUCAAUGUCGCGCCGCAUUAUCGUCGCGCUACCGCCAUCGGCAUGCAGCUGAGCAUCGGCAACUCGGCCGGUAUUGUGGCCGGGCAGAUUUACCGCAGUGCGCCGUAUGUAUUGGGGAACAGCUUCUCUGUCGCGGCGCUGGGCCUGUCGCAGUUGGUCAUCGUGCUCAAGUGGUUCUACUUGAAGCGUUGUAAUGAGGAGAAGAGGAGAAUUGCUGACGGAGACAAGGAUGACACGAGGAAGGUGAGGACUGGUGAUCGGGAACUAGACUUUAAGUAUCACCUGUAA